AUGGCUGAGGUAGCGCCGGCUGUGGCGGCCAAGGCUCCGGCCAAGAAGGCGGCGGGGGGCGCGGCGAAGUCGCGGAAGCCGUCGGGCCCCAGCGUGACGGAGCUGCUGAUGCAGGCGGUGACGGCCUGCAAGGAGCGCGGCGGCAUCUCGCUGGCCGCGCUGAAGAAGUCGCUGGCGGCCUCCGGCUACGACGUGGAGAAGAACAACGGCCGCAUCAAGCUGGGCCUGCGGAGCCUGGUGACCAAAGGGGCGCUGCUGCAGACCAAGGGCACGGGCGCCUCGGGCUCCUUCAAGCUCAACCGCAAGCAGGCGGGCUCCAGGGACAAGGCGGCGGCGCCGGCGGCCCGGAGGAAGCCCCCGCCGCAGCAGCCGGCGGCGGCUGCCAGGAGCACCAAGAAGCCCUCCGCAGCAGCCGCCGCCAAGAAGGCGAGGAAGAGCGCCAAGAAGCCCGCCGCGGCGGCCAAAAAGUCCAAGGCCGCGAAGCCCCUGAAGGCGAAAGCGAAGGCCAAGCCCGCCCCCAGGAAGAAGUGA